AUGGAACACCAUGAAGCACUCUCACAUACCCUCAAUCCCCUCGACGUAUACCCCCUACAGCAUCGGGCUCCGGAACAUUCUCCGUAUGAUAUUACGUCCCCGCCCCAAGCCUCCAUCAACCCGACCCUCUCGCGCAGGCGCAGCGAUUACGUUGACCAGACACAGGAGGCUACACAAGGCUUCCACCGACCGGGAUCGACUACUCAGACUGUAAUCGUCCGUCCGCCACCUGUAGCGUCGUCUGCGCUCGUGGCAACGUGA